AUGUCUAUAUUAUUUAAUGAAACACACAUACACAUACACACACACAUAUCUAUCUAUCUAUCUAUCUAUCUAUCUAUCUAUCUAUCUAUCUAUCUCUCUCUCUAUAUAUAUAUAAACCAAUUAUUUAAUAUUUUAUCUCGUUUUCUUCAUUGCAUAUUUACACUCUAUGUCUUUCUUCUUUAUGUCAUAUUUUGUCUUUCGCUUUUUCUCUCUCUCUCUCUCUUUAUUGCAUAUUUUAUCUCUCUCAUUCUUUCUCCUUAUUUCAUAUUUACACUCUCUCUCUUUCUCUUUCUUGAUUUCGUAUUUUUUCUCUCACUUUUCUCUCUUUAUUUUGUAUUCUUUCUCUCUUUUUCUCUCUGUCUUUCUUUCUCUCUGUUUAUUUCAUAUUUUCUCUCUCUUUUUCUCUCUUCAUUUCAUAUUUCCUCUCUCAAUCUUUUUCUCUCUUCAUUUCAUAUUUUAUCUGUAUCUUUUUCUCUCUCUUUUCCUCUCUGUUUAUUUCAUAUUUUCUCUCUCUUUCUCUCUCUCUGGAUUUUGUAUUUUGACUCUCUUUCUGUUUCUCUCUCUUCAUUUCAUGCUUACUCUCUCUCUGUAGCUCAUAUUUUUCUCUUUUUCUCUUUCUAUCUCUUUAUUUCAUAUUUUCUUUCUCUCUUUUCUCUCUUUAUUGUAUAUUUUCCAUCCCUCUUUCUCUCUCUUCAUUUCAUAUUUUCUCUUUCUUUUUUCUCUCUCGUUAUUUCAUAUCUUCACUCUCGCUUUCUCUCUCUUUAUUUCAUAUAUUCUCUCUCACUUUUUCACUCUCCCUUUUUCUCACUUUAUUUCAUAUUUUCUCUCUCUUUCUCGCUCUCUCUUUCUCUCUCUUUAUUUCAUAUUUUCUCUCUCACUUUUUCACUCUCUCUUUUUCUCACUUUAUUUCAUAUUUUCUCUCUCUUUCUCGCUCUCUCUUUCUCUCUCUUUAUUUCAUAUUUUCUCUCUCACUUUUUCACUCUCUCUUUUUCUCACUUUAUUUCAUAUUUUCACUCUUUCUCUCGAUUUGUUUCACAUUCUCUCUCUUUCUCUCUCUCUCGUUCUCUCUCUCUCGCUUACUCUCUCUGUAACUCAUAUUUUUCUCUUUCUCUUUUUCUGUCUCUUUAUUUCAUAUUUUCUUUUCUUUCUUUUCUCUCUUUAUUGUAUAUUUUCCAUCCCUCUUUCUCUCUCUUCAUUUCAUAUUUUCUAUUUCUUUUUCUCUCUCUUUAUUCCAAAUUUUCCUUCUCUCUCUCUCUCUCUCUCUCUCUCGUUAUUUCAUAUCUUCACUCUCACUUUCUCUCUCUUUAUUUCAUAUUUUCUUUCUCUCUCUUUCUCUCUCUCUCUCUCUCGUUACUUCAUAUCUUCACUCUCGCUUUCUCUCGCUUUAUUUCAUAUUUUCCUUCUCUCUCUUUCUCUCUCUCUCUCUCUCUCGUUAUUUCAUAUCUUCACUCUCACUUUCUCUCUCUUUAUUUCAUAUUUUCUCUCUCUCUUUCUCUCUCUCUCUCGUUAUUUCAUAUCUUCACUCUCACUUUCUCUCUUUUCUUUCAUAUUUUCAUUCUCUUUUUUCUCUCUCUCUCGUUAUUUCAUAUCUUCACUCUCGCUUUCUCUCUCUUUAUUUCAUAUUUUCUUUCUCUCUCUUUCUCUCUCUCUCUCUCGUUAUUUCAUAUCUUCACUCUCACUUUCUCUCUCUUUAUUUCAUAUUUUCAUUCUCUCUUUUUCUCUCUCUCUCGUUAUUUCAUAUCUUCACUCUCGAUUUCUCUAGCUUUAUUUCAUAUUUUCACUCUCUCUUUUUCUCUCUUUAUUUCAUAUUUUCUCUCUUUCUCUCGCUUUGUUUCAUAUUCUCUCUCUUUUUCUCUCUCUCGUUCUCUCUCUUAA